AUGUACAGAAACAUGAUGGAUCAACGUUAUUCGGACAACGAAACGUCUAAGAGGGACAUACCGUCUUUCAUUGAGCCUAGACCACCGCUCAUACGAAAUCCAUUCAUGAGACCUAAGCCACAAAAGGGUACAAAUUUACUUGAACUUUUUGAAGAAGACUCUGAAAUAGAAGAGCCUGAACUAGUGAAAGUGUAUCUUCGGAUGAAGCCAUGUAAUGAACCAAAUUAUAUUUACGAAGUGCGAUCAGAUAAAAGUUUAGUAACAUCGCUUGACACUACCACGGCAGGCCACGGAAGGCGCACUCAACAUAAUGUGUCUAAAAUGUAUACGUUUUCCCGUAUAUUUGGAGCGGAGUGUACACAGAAAGAAAUUUUUGAAGAGGUUGUGAAAGAAAACCUUAAGAAGCUACCAGACGGUCACAAUUUCACACUUCUCACUUACGGUGCGUCAGGCUCUGGAAAGACAUACACAUUAAUGGGCACUGUUGGAGCUCCAGGCUUGGUGCCAAGAUCUCUGGAGUAUGUGUUCAAAUUGGUUGAUGCAGCUCAGCACCCUUUGUACAGACCGGCUGAUGGUGGUGCAGAGAAACUCAGUUAUGCUGAGCAGGAGUAUGAACUGCAGUGGGUCAAAAGAUUGCGUCACGUUUCGGCUCCUCUUCGUGACAAGUACCGUCGUAUGAGUAGUCAGCUUCAAAGAGACUUAACUACCAGUACAAUUGAUUUAUCUAAUAAAACAAAAUAUUACGUUUGGGUAUCAUUCGUUGAAAUAUACAAUGAAGCCAUAUAUGACUUGCUGUCGCCUCCAGAGAAGAGAACUAAACUUCGUAUAAGAGAAGAUUCUUCUGGGAAUGUAUAUGUAAAGGGUGCAACUCAAGCAUUUGUCCGUUCCGGUGAGGAAGCUUACGAUAUAAUGGUGGCUGGUAAACACAACCUCGUUGUGGCGGCCACUGGAGUACAUGCACACUCUUCAAGGUCACACUGCAUCUUCACCAUCACUAUGGUAACGGAGACUGAAGGCACGGGUCGGUGGGCCAGCGUGCGGCUGUGCGACCUGGCGGGCAGCGAGCGCGCGCGCGCCACCCGCAACACGGGCGCCCGCAUGCAGGAGUCGCGCGCCAUCAACGCGUCGCUGCACGUGCUCGAGCGCUGUCUGCACACGCUGCGACGCAAGCAGCGCUGCGCCCGCGACGCGCUCGUGCCCUACAGGGAAUCAAAGCUGACCCGGCUGCUGGGGUCUGGACUGUCCGGGUGUCGCGGCGAGGCGGUAAGCAUGGUGGUGACCCUCAACCCGGCCCCGGAGUACGCUCACGAGACCAAGCACGUCCUGUCUCUGGCCGCCGUCGCACAGGACAUACAGGUCAACAACACUGUGCUGACCACCACCUUCGAGACCAGCGCACAGGACAGCACCCUGGAUAGCGGAGCCGAACUGAUGAGGCUGCGGACCGAGAAUGAGAGACUGCACUUCGAACUAAUACAAGCACACGCCCGCAACAGAGAGCUGAUGGCCUCGAUGGAGGCGCACCAACAGGAGACUGCACAGACCAUGAAGGAGUUGGUGGACGAGGCCAAGGACUUGACCAAGCAGUUCUACGAGGAGCAGCUGCGGGCGCUGCGGACGCAGAUGGACGAGAUGGCAGAAGAAUAUGAGAACAAUCUCGAGAAGAUCGCAGCGCCACCCAACGUCUCUCCGCUCCUACAAAAUAAGAUAACCGAGCUGAUGACAGAAAUUGCUGUUUUGGAGGAAAAAUUACUUGAAGAGCAGCUGGCACGAGCCCGGGCACAGAACGAAGUGGAACAUCUCCGCAGCUGUAUAGACGAGAGAGACGAAAAAGCAUUCAAAGACAAUGCCUCAGCGGACAACGAAGAUGUUAUGUCUGUCGCUGACAGCGAACCUGACAGCGAAGAGGAGGCCGACCCUCUCGACCAGAGCCUCGAGCCGACCUUCAGAAAGGAUAACUUGAGUAAAUCGCAGCUCGGUCCAAGAGAACCUGCUCGCAUUGCACUCCCAGGCCCGGACCACACCUUGGACACAUCUGAGGAUCAGACUUGUGAUGACUCCAUUCAACACUCAUUGCUGCCUAUUACAGAGGUAGAGUUCACUGAACAUAACACUGUGAAAACGAAUCCAGAAGAAUGUACAGAAGACACUGCAUUCGAUGUCACCGAGCGCACAGAAGGGUCAGUGUUAAGUUCUGCCAGUGUUGUUGACGGCGCAGGAGAUGUGAGCGCUGCAGAUUUAUCAACGGAAAAUCCUAUUGAUGUUAGUUUUAAUGCGGAAAACACUAACAAGAUUAAUGAAUUCAGAGGCUCGUACCGCGACGGACGCGAGGAUCGAACUAUCGAGAAUAAAAUCAAUACAGACGACAGUAUGGACGUUACAAAUGAAGAGAAAAAAGAUGUUAUAGAAACAGAACAGCGGGAAGACAAUUUAGAGUUCAAAGUUCCCAAGGAGACUUUGGUCAAUCAGAUCAUAAGGUCGCUCAAAUCUAAAGGCAGCGAUAGCUCCCUGGCGCAGUUCGAGCGGAUAGAAAUGGCGACCAAAACUGAGGAACCCCUCGCCGCCCCCCUCGCUUCCCCCCGCGCCGACCUCGGCUUCAAUAUCCUCAAGGAGAAACGGAACUACUUUGAUGAUGUUAAAUCUGAACAAAAUACAAUAGAACAAGAUAAAGGUAAUAAGGUUCCGUUUAACGAUAACGCACCGAGCAUGUUACUAAACAAACAAACUGUAGUCGAAUUGAAAAAGUCGUAUUUUGAAGAUAACGCUCUGGACGCGGCCACAUUAGAUGUUGUUAAUACAGGCAAAGAAAAAAGAACAUAUUUUGACAACAUAUCUGUCAAAGUUGACAACAAUUUAGCACAUAAGAAGAUCAGCGAGCUGCUUAAACUAGAAGAAAGGUCCCCGUCUAUAGUGAAAGAAGAGUUUAUAGAGGACUUUAAUAGACCGAGUACCAUGAAGAAGUUGAUGUGUAAAAAUCUAUCCAAACCGAUUGAUGUGGUCAUGUCGACCCACAAAAAGAAACACGACUCCGUUGAUAUAUUUGAAGGGUUUGAUUCGCCAGCAGCCCCCGCCGCGUCCCCCGCGGGGAUGCGUGCUGCAAGGGUCUCACCGGGACUGACCUCAUCAACCGAACACGAAAUAAACAUUAAACUAGAACCGCAACUGUCGAAGGACGAGCCUGGCGACAGUAGCGUACACGACAAACUCGCGGCUGACGUCAUCAUCACACUCACAAGAGAUACAGACGCCGUCCCAGCGGACAACACUAUCGACGAGUUCGAGAACCUGUACAAAGAUGUGUCGACGUCUCGAGCCGCGGAGUUUGAGACGCUGGUCUCACAGAAUGCGAGCAGGGAGACCGGGGACCACAACACUAGCGGCGCCGCCGCGGACGACGCGGAGACAGACCUCAAAUCGAAUCUAUCAGAAUUCGAACGAGUAAAAUAUAAUCUGCGGAGUAAACCAAUAGAUAGAAAAAAAGAGAAAAAUGAAAGUGUUAAGAUAAUGGAUGAAAGCGAGGAGAAGUCUGAAAUCAAAACUAGGCCGAGACGAGCGAGGCGGCGCGCGCCCGACGCGGCUCCCCCCACCCUCGCCGACAUCGGGAACUUGCACGACGAGUACCCCGACGUGACGGCGGCCGGGCGCGGCGGGGGGGCGGGCCCUUCCCCAGAGAAGGAAUCGGAAGAAAAUCUGCCCCCCAUGCUCGGGGUUCAAAGCUGUCCUUCAAAAAGCAUAACUCGAAGUCGGCGGAAGCUGUUCACUCCGCGCGCUGAGCCGCUGGACGAGUCGGUGGGCGCGCCCGGGGACAGCAGCGAGCGCCCGCACGUCCCGCGCCCCUCCUACCACCGCCCCCGCGCGCGCCGCAAGCUGUGAGCGGCGCCUCGCCUCUACUAACUACUAACUCUAUACAUGACCAUAAACUAUGCUAUGAUUCAGUCUCACGUUUCUUUUUUAAUUUUCGAUAUUUCAAAUACUUAUUUACUUAACGGGGAAUUUAUACGUAUUUAUUUAAUUCUUAACAUGGCAAGAAAAUUAAGACAACUAAACCACAUAAAAACACCAUAUUCAAUAUCAGUAGAACUGUGUUCAGAGUCAGAUCUUCACAAUUGACAGUCAUUGUCGGUCUUGACAAUUAGGAAUCUAUUCAUAUGUAUUUUCUGUGAUGGCAACACCU